AUGUCAUACUGGCCAGACGACGCUGAAAAUCUUGUUCAUCGUAUUCAAGACAACCGGCAAGACCUCUGGAAUGAUAGGAAAGCGGAUCUCAUUGCGGAUGAGUUGCAGAAAAUUUGUGGGAACGACUCUCUCUACAUAAUGGUGUACGAUGAAUGCGGUGGUUAUGAAAAUCAUUCAUUCUACGCUGCAACAGAUCAAACGAUAUACUCGUUUCGGCGUGGAGGCUGCAAUGUUGUGAUCUACCGUAGCCUGGAAUGGAAUUCUGGAGGACAUGAUAAAUUGGAUGUAAUCUGUCGGCAAGUGGAGUCAUGUCGAUAUGGAACGAUUCCAAGACUCGGUCGAUACGAAAAUUUUCCAGCAUGGCUCAUGAAAUACCGAAUUCAGAAUAGUUGCUUCAUUGGGAUGAUAGCAAAAUGGAGAAAUGCGGUGGUUCGAUCAGUGAAUAGUAACAACCCAUGGGGGCCGGGGUGGUGGAUCACUGCGACACUUUAUGAUCAGACCACACUGGAGAACACGGAUACACAGUUUACCUUGGUUGCUGGGUGGCAGUAA